AUGGAGGACGUUUGCAUGGAUCCACCCUUCUUCGAUGAUGAUCAGCCGAACCAGGAUACCGAAUUUUGGUUCGCAGACGGCAACAUCGUCCUCAUCGCUGGAGAUACUGCGUUCCGCGUCCAUCAAGGUGUCCUGGCCCGCCAUUCUGAUAUCUUCCGCGAUCUCUUCAUAGUUCCGCAGCCCGUCGAGCAGGAUAUGCUCUUCAAUUGCCCCCUAGUUAGACUUUCCGACUCCCCUUCUGAUCUACGAUAUCUGUUACGCCUUCUGUACGAUGGGAGGCGGUAUCAUCUUUCGCGCGACAAUGUCAAAGUGGAGGAAGCGGUGGCCCUUGUCCGUCUUGCUCAGAAGUACGAAAUCGAUGACCUCCGCGAGGAGGGUCUGGCAAAGAUGAAGAGCAUAUUUACGGACGAUUUCGAGGCGUGGAGAGCUUCAUCAUUUUGCGUGUCCAGGGCAGAUGCCGUUGCGGCGGUGAACUUGGCACGUCUCACCGGUACACUUUCCAUGCUGCCCAUAGCCCUUUACUAUUGUUCCACAUUCAGUCCUUCCGAAAUCAUCAGAGGGGUGCCUCGCGCAGAUGGGACCGUCGAAGAACUGUCAGCGGAAGACGUGGGACGGUAUAUAGAUGGGCGGGUCGGGCUAUCAACCGUGGGUAUCGUUGGGUUCAUCGGACUAUUCUCCCAGACCAGUCCGGAUUGUUCGAGCAGCCUGACAUGCGAAGGGGCAGCAAAAUGUGUGCAGAAAAAUGUUUUAAAUCUCUUCCCUUCUCGCGGUCUGCGCUAUGAUAGCUGCCUAACCAGCUUGGCAAACGCCAUCGAUAGAUUAAAGUCCAAGAUGUGUCAGCAGUGUAACGAAUUCCUCACGAAAAAGGACUUGGAGAGGAAAUGUAAUGUUUGGGAACGUCUGCCGGCAUUAUUCUGCUUGCCACCCUGGUCAGAGCUUCGUGGUGGAGAGCGCGCACCAUCCGGAACCACUUGA